CUCCCUCUCGCUCCCCUUUGGGGGCACUCAGUUCUGGGGGAGCCGCAGCCCGGCCCGGGGUGAGGGGGGGAGACACUGGGACUAGUCGCGCGUAUUCCCCGGGCCAUCAUGAGGAGCAAAGGUGCCGGGCGGGGCGGUGAGGCGUGGAGCUUUUUCUUCAUCCCAAAUUUUCCUUAAUAGAAUUUAUAUUAAAAAUAACAAUAAUAGAUAGUGUAAUAAUUAUUUCGCUUGUGUGUCUUCCCGAGGUGAGAUUGAAUAAGGUGCUAUCUCGAUUGCAGCUGGAGUAUGUGGAGCUGGGUCUUUUUAUGCGCUGUAGGGAGCAUGCCCAAAGAGAAAGCUUCCCUGACGUUGAUUAUUGUUUUUGUAUAUGUAUUUUUUUUUCUUUGUGUACUUACGUGUGUGCCUAAUAUUUGAAGGAAGCAGGGUAUUUUAAAAGUUUUUCGUCAGCCUGUGUAAGAGAGGCUUGCUUUCUUGCAAUAGGAGUUGAAGACUUGUUGAGUUAGCAUUGAGUUAGAAGAGGAAAAAGAAGGGGGAGCAUAAGGGGGUGGAGUUGGUAGUAGAGAGAACUGAAGAGGCACUUUACUGUGGACAAACUAUUGUGACGCACUUACUACUACUGAUGGCUGCUGCCAAACCUUCCCCAGACUUGCUGUGAUCAGCACAUUCGGUAGAACAAUGGGGCUAGAACAGGGAACUUGGCCAGAAGCUGCACAAUCACUGCAUCUACUCUUCACUCCUACAUUUCAACACAGUAUCUGAUCCAUGGGAAAUUAGAGCCUACUGUGGGGUGUUUUUUUUUUUUUUUUUCCUUUCAAUUAGCCAAACCCACCCGUAGUAUUUGGUUUAUAUGAUUGGAUUAGAAAAUUAGAGUUGCAGAGUUCUUGCCUUUAGUGUUUUAAAAUUAACUUUUAAAAAAAAAGACCAAAUGGCAAAGCAACCGUCAGAUCUAAAUUCUGAGUGUGACCGAGAAGGUGGACAAUUGCAGCCUACAGAAAGGCCUACUCAACCUCAACUCAGACCAGGGGCCCCUACCUCUAUACAAACACAAUAUCAAGGUAAUUCAGGUGAAGGGGACAGCUGCUCACCUAGCAGCCCUCAGGGACCGUUUGCACCACCCACUAGCCCUAGCCCGUUUGCUACCAGAUCCCCACUUUUCAUCUUUGUAAGAAGAUCCCCACUGCUGCCUCGAUCUUCCAGUGGGUAUUUCUCUUUUGACACAGACAGGAGUCCAGCGCCUAUGAGUUGUGACAAAUCUACACAAACUCCAAGCCCUCCUUGUCAAGCCUUCAAUCAUUAUCUAAGUGCAAUGGGUAAGCAAGAUCAUGCUUCCAUGAGGCAGUCUCAAUCAAUACCUGCAGAUAUGCGACCAGAAAUUUGGAUUGCACAAGAAUUGCGACGUAUUGGAGAUGAAUUUAAUGCUUAUUAUCCAAGAAGGGGUUAUUUGGAUAAUAACUAUCAAGCAGCAGAUGAUCAUCACCAAAUGGUUAUUUUACGGCUAUUACAUUACAUCAUCCGCCUUGUUUGGAGAAUGCAGUGACAAUUCUUUAAGAAGUGAAAGAGUGCACAGAAAUUUUUACUUGUUACAUACAAGUCAUCAAGUAAAAGUACCACUUGCAUCUUCGUAUCAUUACUAUGCAAUCAACAGGUUCUUUCCCUAAAGGACAGAAGGGCAAUAGGACUCCACAUUUUUGAAGACACCUGUACAUGAACUUGAAAGUGGAUUUUGUUCAUCACAUGGCGAAAUUUUGUAAAAGGGAGUUCAUUGUGAAUGUAGAUGAUGGAUUUUUUUAAAUGUAUCAAUCACCAUUCUUUGAAGCAGCAUUUUAUGCAAGGGUGGUGUUUACAUGGGUUUGUUUUUCAACUUCUUUAAGAAGAAGGAACAAGUUUUCAAAAAGGAAAUGGAAACUUUUUGACAAACUCAUGAAUGAUUUUUGUACUAAAUUUUAAGAACCUAUUGCUUAAGUCUCAAAAGAGGAUGAUGUAUAUAUCCUGCAGUGGAAACUGAGCCAGCUAAUUUGUAAGCUGCCUUAGUUUAUUUUGGGGGGACUAUUGUACAGUUUUUUUCUUCUCUUUUUUCUUUUUAGCAGGGAGAAAUAUGUCUCCCCUGUUGUUCUAGCCUCUUUUUUUCUGUACUAUCUUUAUACCAAAAUCAGCAUAAUAAAAUGGAGCUGGUUAAAAAGGAGUAGGUUGUCAGCCUACACCAACAUGUUUCUCCCCUUUGUAAAUACUUAACUCCCUCUUAAAAUUUACUUGUAUCUGUGGCAGACUUGACUGUCAAGGGGCUAGACUUGAGGCUACCUUUGAGCACUCCCUAUCUUCUUUUGGAGAGCUUCCAGUUUUUGUAGCCAGUUUAGAUUCUUAGAGAUACAAAUAGAUUCCAAGUAAAUUAACAUGGUUUCAAAAUUAAAUCAAAUAGAAUUAAAAUAAUUUUGGUCUUGACAUAGUGGUCUUGACAAUAGUAACGAGUAUCACUUUUUUUUUUUUUUUUUUUUUUUUUUUUAAAAUAAUGAUCACCAGCCUGGGCAGUAUUUGUUUUAACUUAUUUUAAUGGAUGAUGUUUCUUUGGAAAGUCUGAGGAGGCUGUAGCAAUAAAAGAAACGGAAUAGUGAGUUGGUUGGGACUUUUGGCUACUGGCUACUGUUUAUAGAUUGUUAAUGCAGGGAUGAAAUGCUGUAGUUGUAGAAUACAAAGAGCCAAAAGUUUUCAGUCACCCUCAGAAAGACUUGAUUGAUUGCAUGACCAAAGCUUGAGUCCAGAUUGCCCAAUAAUUUAACUAAAUAGGAAAUGCCUUGCUAGCUGAGGUGGGAUUGGGGGAAACUCCUUCAGUUGACAGUUUUAAAGACUCAUCAAUGAGAUUUUCUUUAGAAUCCCACUAACCUAUGAUGCCUGAAAUUCCCAAAAUCAAAUUCCUUCGGAAGUACAGGUUUAAUUCUGGUUUCACCAGUACCCUAGAAAAAUUCAAUUGGGCAUAAUUAUGAAAUAUUCCAACAUAUUUAAUAUUUCAAGCCAUCUCUAAGCCUCUGAGUGCCAUUUUCUUUCUUACAUUUUAAUUUGAGAGGUAAUUUUUAAAUGAAUUCUAUGCACUGGUUAUCAGUGCCUCAUCCCUGGCAGGUGUAGCUCUUCCCUUAAAUAUGAUCCUAUUCCUGAUUAUUGUAACUUUUACAUCUUGAAGUUGACACCAAAGUCAGAACUAAGAAUCUAAAAAGGUUUAUUAUUUUUUUUUUCAAAGAAAAACAGUCCAUGGAGUUUGCAUUUUAUCCACCAAUGGGAGAGGGAGGUCAUAUGGUUUGGGGGAUUGUUUCAUGAACCCCGCUACUUUUUCAUGGUGAAAAGUUAGCCUUCUGAGCAAUUUUUUGUUUCAUAGUAAUUUUUGGAUUGUCAGCAGUGCCAACUUUUGCCCCUUAGAAGAUCCAGUGUUCCUGUAAUUCUGCUUGACAAUUGAUGAAAACUAUGUUGAAUAUGUGGUUUCAUAAUUACAUAUAUUUUUUUGGGGGGGUAUAUCCAUUUUUCCCAUAUAUUCAGAGGAUUUUUUUUCUCUACCAUUGAAGGAUUUUUCUUUCCCUCUUAGUGAUUUGAAAUUAGGUUCAUAGGAAUUAUGUUGGAUCUCAGCUAUGGUUUCUUGAAUUAGUCUUGAAACCUUAUAUAGUAAGGUCACAUUGUCCACUGGUUGUGAGAAUGAACAAAGACUGUAACAGAAAGUAUUAAAAUUUGUGUACCUUGCUGGACACACCAAAGAUGUUUGGUUCCACCUGAAUCCCCCACUUGGAUAUCUAUGAUCAUAUGCUAAUUUCUACAGCUGGAGCACUUUACUUCUGUUUCUUUUAAGUAUCCAUCUCCCCUGGGAGCUGGAAGCAAUGCAACUGAUAAAAAGGACAUUUUUGUAAGGCUCUGCUGGCCCAGUGCCACAGUGGGGAUUAAUGUCCUUUUUUGUACAUUUACCUCAAGCAUGGUAGAGCAACAGGUUUGCCACCAUUGCUUCAGGCUGAUGAUAUAGAUAAGCCUAGUAGAAAUUCUAUGAAUUAUGGAAGCAGUAGAGAAUAGGAUGUUGGCACCAUGAGUUUGAGAGAGAAAUACAUUUCUCUGUACUGUAUCUCUUAGAGAUCACGAUGCCUGCAGUAGGAGUAUACUUUGGUAUACUUUUUUUUUUUUUUAAAGACAGCUAGUUCCACUUUUUGAAAACUUAAUGCGGGUUUUGUGCCUUGACAACCUCUACCCACGUUGGGUUUGUAGUAAGUCUCCCAUGGCAUAACACUGAAAUGCAAUAAGCAAAUACAAAAUAGUUAAUUCCAUGAGUAACUCUUCAGAUGACAUAUCCUUUCUAUCCUGCCAAAACUUUAUGAAGAAUUUUCUUUGGUUGUGGAGAAACCAGUUUAAAUUUCUUCUGAUAUAAAAAUUUGUAUAAAAAUUUUCCCUCAUUCCCUCCCUUAAAUCUCUCUUCUAUUUUACUGUAAAUAUUUGAAUAUUUAUUAGAGUAGGACAUCUUUACUUAACUCUUAUCAACUGAGCCAAAUGUCUGUGUGCAAUUGUGUGUGGUUCUUUUUGUCUUUUCUGUAAGAUUUUGUAAAUAAGUAAAAAUCACUGUUUUCUAAACUUUUUUUAGAGUUUGACAUUUGUAAAUAUGUAGAUUCUUUUCUGUGUAAUGUGUUCUACUGUUUCAUAAUGCUGUAACUUGUAGAAAUAAUGUAUAUUUAUUUUCUGCUUAUUUAAUUUCUCAUGUUCUGUAAAGUUAUGCAUUCCCUUUCCCUUCCCCAGAUUAUCUGCUUUAACACAGAAGGAGUGAUUGAUCAGUUUAACGCACUGUCUCUUUCAGUGCUGUCUGUAUGGUUUUUCUACUGUGGUCCUUUAGAUUUCAUUCUUAUUCAUUUUACUUUUUUUAAACUUUUAGGCUUUGCCAUUGUGGUUUUUAAAUGCGAAGGGAGCUGAUAAUAGCCAAAUGCUGGAAAUGACUCAAAGCAUUAACCAAUUUGAGUUGUUCCAGUUGUAAACCAUAGCAGAUUGUUUGCCCUAAGCGCCCCGCCUUUAGGUAGAAAAUACAUUUAGCUUGGGAAAAGUUUACUGCCAUUGACUAAUCAAAGUUGAGAAAACAAAAAGGUGAUCAGAUUGUAAAGGUUGCCAAGGUCUGGGAUUUGAGGGAUAAUUGAACAGGAGAUUACUUACCUUGUUUGAUUCACCUGGUUUUUUUCUCCUUUAUUUGUUAGGAAGGAAAUAAGGUGAGGACCCUAUGUUUUUGUUUUUGCCUUGUCCCCCCAGCCAUUUACUUGGGAGCAAGCUGAUGGGGGGGGGGGGGAUGUGUGUGUGUGUAAUAAGUUUACUUAUUUUAAGAUCAGUGUGUUAUUUACUUUGCAGUUGAAAUAUGGUUUAUCCUUCCUACUCUUCUUCCCUCAAUGGAAUAGUAAUCCAUUCUGAUAGCCCCAUUAAUUUGGCCUCAGUUUAGCUUGUAUUUCACUCGAGAUUAUUUUGAGUACAGAUGAAAGAAAUGUUUAAUUGGCUAUUAGGAUGUGCUAAGUUGUGAAUGUUUUAACAAAAUUUAUUUGCUGAUAGGCUCCAUAUAUAACAAGUGAAAAGCCCUGUCAUUACAGUUUAGUCUGGUGCCUACAUGUGUAUCUAUUACUCUGCACUCAUACACACAAUAGAUGUAUGGGAGCUUUGGUGCAUGCACACAGGUAAAUCAACUGUGUAACUUGAUAUUUACACAUACAUUUCCUUAUACAACAAGAAGCACCCUCAAGUUCUCUUGUAAAUAACUUGACUACUUAUUUUUUGGGGCUUUCAGAGAAUCUAAAUAUUUUGUACCCUGGUUUUAAGACCACUAAUACUGUAUACAAACUCAUCAGGUACCGAUAUGUACAUAGCACUGAUCUGUAACUUAGACUGAUUAAUCACUUACUUUGUUUCAUAGGACCCAGCAUAUGUAGCAUUUUUAUUGCAAUUUCCCUGGCUUACUUGUGUUUUGCACUGAUGAAUUUUUGACAGGGUAAUUGUCACUUUACUUGUGCAAUACUGCUGUAAAUAAUUGCAGAUUUUUUAAGGAAAACUCAAUCUUUUAUGUUCUUUAAUAAUGAAUUUUAUAUAAAUAAAACCUUCAACUAGU